AUGGCCGCGAACCCUUCUCCCCGUGAGCGCAAGCCUUCGACGAGCGCUCCACUUGCCGACCUCAAGGGUCCUGUUGGCCCCUCUUUCAGCAGACCCAAGCACAAGAGGACUGUAACCGGCUUUGGCCCCAGCGAGAUCAAGAACGUAGAAGCGAGUAUUCCAGAGCCUCAACGCGAGGCGUGGAGGAAGUUUAUGCCCAAACCCUUCUCUACUCCCGACGACUUUACUAAAGACGCCGUUCGCCACAUUGAGACUACCCUGGCGCGCUCCCUCUUCAACUGCGAUGAGGCCGCCGCGUAUUCUGGAACCGCCCUUGCCUUCAGGGAUCGCUUGGUCCUGGACUGGAACAAGACACAACAGAGUCAGACCUUUGCUGACCAGAAGCGCGUAUACUAUCUCUCCCUCGAGUUUCUGAUGGGUCGCGCCCUGGACAAUGCCAUGCUCAACGUUGAGCAGAAGGAUAUUGCUACUAAGGGUCUCAGUGACCUUGGCUUCCGCAUGGAGGAUAUCAUCUCCCAAGAGCACGACGCAGCCCUAGGAAACGGUGGUCUCGGACGCCUUGCAGCCUGUUUCCUCGACUCGAUGGCGUCUCUCAACUACCCAGCCUGGGGUUACGGCCUACGGUACCGAUAUGGUAUCUUUAAGCAGGAGAUCCACGAUGGAUACCAGGUCGAGGUUCCAGACUACUGGCUUGACUUCAACCCAUGGGAGUUCCAGCGCCAUGAUAUCGAGGUUGAUAUACAGUUCUACGGACACGUCAACCGCUGGCAGGACGAUGAGGGCAAGCAGCAGUCCUCAUGGGAAGGCGGCGAGAUUGUCAAAGCUGUUGCUUACGACGUCCCAGUUCCCGGCUACAAGACUGGCACUUGCAACAACCUGCGUCUCUGGGGAAGCAAGGCUGCCAGCGGCGAAUUCGACUUCCAGAAGUUCAACUCUGGUGAAUACGAGAGCUCCGUAGCUGAUCAGCAGCGAGCGGAGACUAUUUCUGCUGUCCUCUACCCCAACGACAACCUUGACCGUGGUAAGGAGCUCCGCCUGAAGCAACAGUACUUUUGGUGUGCGGCUUCGCUCUACGACAUCGUGCGGCGAUUCAAGAAGAGUCAGCGCGCCUGGAAGGAGUUCCCCAACCAAGUCGCGAUUCAGCUUAACGACACCCACCCGACGCUCGCCAUCCCUGAGCUUCAGAGAAUCCUAGUCGAUAUCGAGGGCCUGGAGUGGGAUGAGGCAUGGAACAUCGUUCAGAAGACAUUCGGAUACACCAACCAUACUGUGCUACCUGAAGCGCUCGAGAAGUGGUCCGUCCCGCUCAUGCAGCAUCUCCUCCCACGCCACCUCCAGAUCAUCUAUGAGAUCAAUCUGCAUUUCCUUCAGUUCGUCGAGCGCAACUUUCCCAAGGAUCGCGACAUGCUCGGUCGCGUCUCGAUCAUCGAGGAAUCGCAGCCUAAGAUGGUCCGCAUGGCGUACCUUGCAUUGAUUGGCUCACACAAAGUCAACGGUGUAGCUGAGCUGCAUUCCGACCUGAUCAAGACUACAAUUUUCAAAGACUUUGUCAAGAUCUAUGGACCAGACAAGUUCACAAACGUCACCAACGGUAUUACCCCGAGGAGAUGGCUCCACCAGGCCAACCCCAAGCUCUCAGCUCUUAUUGCAUCGAAGUUGGGCGGCCACGAAUUCCUCAAGGACCUUACCUUGCUGCACAAGCUUGAGGCGUUUGUUGACGACAAGGAGUUCCGUAAGGAGUUCAGGGACAUCAAGUACGCCAACAAGGUGCGACUCGCGCAACACAUUAUGGAGCACAAUGGCGUCAAAGUCAACCCUGCAGCGCUUUUCGAUGUUCAAGUCAAGCGUAUCCACGAGUACAAACGCCAGCAGCUGAACAUCUUUGGUGUCAUCCACCGUUACCUCCAGAUCAAGGCUAUGUCUCCUGAGGACCGCAAGAAGCUAGCCCCUCGCGUUUCCAUCUUCGGUGGUAAAGCUGCACCAGGUUACUGGAUGGCCAAGACAGUUAUCCAUCUCAUCAACAAGGUAGGCGAUGUUGUCAACAACGACAAGGACGUAGGCGACGCCCUCAAGGUCGUUUACUUGGCCGACUACAACGUCAGCAAGGCCGAGAUCAUCUGCCCUGCCAGUGAUAUUAGUGAGCACAUCUCCACGGCUGGUACUGAGGCGUCCGGUACUAGUAACAUGAAGUUCUGCUUGAACGGUGGUCUCAUCAUUGGAACAUGCGAUGGUGCCAAUAUCGAAAUCACUCGCGAGAUUGGCGACCAAAACAUCUUCCUCUUUGGUAACCUCGCCGAAGAUGUCGAGGACCUCCGUCACGCACACAUGUACUCGCACUACCAGUUGGACCCACAGCUUGCAAACGUCUUCGACGCAAUCCACAACGGCACCUUUGGAGAUGCAGACCAGUUCUCCGCUCUGAUCAACGGCAUCGUGGAUCAUGGUGACUACUACCUUGUCUCUGACGACUUUGCGUCGUACAUCAAGACACAGGAGCUCAUUGAUGAGAGCUACAAGAACACUGAGGAGUGGACCACCAAGACCAUUACUACAGUCGCACGUAUGGGCUUCUUCUCCAGCGACAGGUGUAUUGACGACUCGACGCAAGUUGGCGACAUAUCGAGAGCCUUCACCUCACGAGCAACCAUGGCGAACAGAGGCUACGAUGUCGUCGUAGAUGUUGAUCAAGAGGGCGACCUCGGCCAUACCGACCUCCAAGAGGACCUAGAAUUCCACAGCUCCAGUAAGCUCUUCAACAUCAUCCCGACCCAACAACUAACGAAUCGCGAUCCAGACUUCGAAACCCAACCCUCUGGCCGCGGCGCCCCCAAGAUCCAACCCGACUCGUCAUCCGCCUCCUUCCUCCCCGGCCCCGGCGGCUCCUCCUCCAACAACCCCACUUCGCGAAAGCACUAUCUCUGGUCGCUCAACUUCUACGCCCAAGCCUUCGAUGUCGACACGGCCGAAGUCCUCCGCCGCUGCACCUCAACCAUCUACCCGCGCGCCAACUUCCUCGAUGUGCUAGAAGGGAAUCCGGAUCUCUACGGCCCUGUAUGGAUCGCUACAACCGUUGUUGUCAUCUUGUUCUUGACGGGGACGAUCAGCCAGUAUCUGGCCAUGAAGGGCGAGGAGCACUUUGCGUAUGACUUCAAGCUGUUGAGUGGGGCAGCAGGGCUGGUCUAUGGGUACACGGCCUUUGUGCCCGUGGGGCUUUGGGGUGUUCUGAAGUGGUAUGGGAGUGAGAGUGCGAAUCUGCUCGAGUGCUGUUGUUUGUAUGGGUAUGCGAACUUGGUUUGGAUCGCCGUCAGUCUGGUGGCAUGGAGCCCCUGGGGUAUUCUCAAUUUCACGGUUGUAGCCCUUGGUCUCGCGGCCUCUGCCUUCUUCCUCCUACGAAAUCUUUACCCUGUGCUCAGCACUACUGAAGCCAAGACAAGCAAGAUCCUGCUCAUUGUCGUUUUUGUGCUACAUGCGGGCUUCGCCAUCGCCAUCAAGGUCCUGUUCUUCGCUGCGACAAGUCCGGUGGGACCCAACAAGGGUGCCGACAAGGAUGCUGGGAAGGGUGUGGCUGAUGGGGGCUCCGAGGGUAAAGGGGAUAUGUUGAGGAUGCUCAUGGGUUGA